CACUCUUUCGAGUUAGAACGCUAAAGUGUUAUGAAGUGAUCGCAAUAGUUCAUAUUUGAUUAGUUAAAGAUGUACCACAAAACGAUCGAAUGCUGUUUUUGCUUUCUCAUUAUACUGCUGUUCAGUUCAACCGUAGCAUUUGAAUGUGGAUUGCGCAAAAUGAAUAUUAACGUUGUGAUCGUUCGUGGCCAGCCAACUUUUCACGGAGAUUGGCCCUGGCAUGCGGCCAUUUAUCACUUGGAUGAUUCUUCGGAAAAUUAUGCAUGUGGUGGAACUGUGAUCAGUGAACUGUAUGUCCUAACUGCCGAUCAUUGCGUGAGAGAUAACAAUGAGGCUGUGCUUUCUAAUAAAAGAGUGUUGGUCAGACUAGGAUUACACUAUCUGCGAGAUUUGAACCCGAAAAAAUUUCAACAACAUAAAGUUGACAAAAUACUGACCUACAAGGGCAAAGAUCAGCUAAAGAAUGAUAUCGCGAUACUUGAGUUGGCAACAGUGAUUGAAUUUACUAAAUACGUUCAACCUGCUUGUUUGAACCAAGAAGAAGAUCUCACUCGUCAAUUUGGAACCGCCGUUGGUUGGGGUGUCGACGAAACUAACGAAACAUCACCGAUUUUAAAAAGUCAACGAAUGCCGGUAAUCAAUACGAACAAAUGCCUUGAAAGUAAUGAUGGCCAAUUAAGACCAGUGCUGGGCAGUGGUAUAUUCUGUGCUGGAUAUUUAAACGGAACCACCGUUUGUAAUGGCGAUAGCGGAGGAGGUCUUCACUUUGAAAGAAACGGAGUUUGGUACGUCGGAGGAAUAACUUCGUUUACUUUAAAACGAGAUAAUAGCAAUCGAUGCCAUUUGAAAAGCUACGCUGGAUUCACCGAUGUGCAUCACUUUUUACCUUGGAUUCGUAAAGUUACUGGGCUUGGUCUUGUGGACGAGAGUGCAGGUAAGGAAAGCACACCAGAGCAAAUAUCUGCCAAUCCUAACCCAGAUUUGACUCUCAAGACUCCGGAGCCAAUUGAUGUUACCAUUUCCAAAGAAGAAAGUAUCGCCCUACUUCCCGCGGACUGUGGAAAAUACUUAGUGAACCGGAUUUUCCGUGGAACAAAAGCUGAACUGUACGAAUUCCCGUGGGUAGUUCGCCUAGUGUACACAAAUAAAACAACUGGCGAGCGCUUCCGUGGCUGCCACGGAUCGCUGAUAAACAAACGUUACGUUCUGACCAGCGUGGAUUGUGUCCCUGAGAACUAUAAGCCUGAUCAAAUCUACAUGGGAGAAUACGACACCAAUUGUAACGUUUACGUUAACGCCAGUGAUUGUGUCCCACAACCUCGGUUUGCUGGCAUUUCCAGCAUCACUGCCCAUCCAAAGUUUAACUCGGCCACAUUUCGGAACAAUAUCGCUCUGGUUCGUCUUAAUCGUAACGUCGAAUUCGAGGACAACAUUCAGCCAAUUUGCCUCCCGGUGACCGAGUCGUUGAAAGAGCAAAAGCAUCCAGAGUACAUCGUCGCCGGCUGGGGAAGAACCACCUGGGACGAAGACUAUCCCAACAUCCUGCAAAAGGCAACCGUCCAAGUCACGAACCGAUCCGAGUGCGAGGAUAAAAGUGACGAUCGUUUUUACAUCGGCCGCGGUGUCACUUGCGUUGGGAGCAACGGAACGGCCAACAUGUGCGAGUGGGAAGACGGCGCUCCGCUGGGUUAUCCAACGCGGUACAACGAGAGUGGGGUGCGAUUUGUCCAAUACGGAAUCACUUCUAUAUUCGGAUGUGAGACCCUGCCGUCAAUCAUUACAUAUGUGCCUAGGUACAUGGACUGGAUACUGGCCAAUCUGAGACCGUGAAUGAAAUUUAUAAAUUGAAAUAAAAUCUGUUUAACCCC